GUCAUUUGUGAACUAGAGUCUCUUCCAAAGUCAUAAUAUAAACACAAAUGGCUCUUCUUCCUGGUAUAAUGCACGCUAAGAAGAUUGUCUGCAGGUCUGUUUCUGGUCUUUCUAAAAGUGUUCCAAAAGGCUACUUUGCAGUAUAUGUUGGAGAGGAUCAGAAGAAGCGAUUUGUAGUACCCAUAUCAUACCUGAAUGAACCUUCAUUUCGAGAACUGCUAAGUAAGGCUGAGGAAGAAUUUGGGUUUAAUCAUCCGAUGGGUGGUCUCACAAUUCCCUGCAGAGAAGACAUCUUCAUCAAUCUCACUUCUCGCUUGAAUGCAUUUUAGUGCAGGGUGCACUAACCUUGAUCAAACUAGACACAUUUCUUCUCUAUGGCAGAGGAGGCAGAGCAGGAAAUGUCUACCCACAUGACAGAAAUCAUUGAAGUUUCUCAAGAAAAUAGCUUUCUGGGAAUCCAUUCGCCCAGGACCAUUCAGGUCAAUGAAUGCAGAUGACUCAAGGUCACAAUCUGUCAGUAGGCCAAUGCUGUUCACAUUAGAGAAGCCCAUCAGGAGGAGUUCCAAUUCUAUAGGCAUUGAUUGGCCUCACUGGUAGUGGCUUGCAAGCAAGAUGGACAUGAAAAUUGUUGGUCUGUUAAACAUGAAUUGUCUGAUGACAUUGACCAAAAG